AGUCGUUUGAGAUGGAAGAAGAUGGAAAGUUCCGAAUUGAAAAGUUUGAUGGUACAGAUUUCAGUUGGUGGAGGAUGCAAAUUGAAGAUUUGCUGGUUCAGAAAGAUUUGGACGUGGUUUUAGGUGACAAGCCAGAAAAGAUGUCAGAUGCAGAUUGGGCAGGUUUGGAUCGGAAAGCAAUGUCCGUGAUCCGUCUCUCGUUGACCAAGAAUGUUGCGUUCAACAUUCUGAAGGAGAAGACAGCGAAGGGAAUUAUGGACGCGCUGUCUAACAUGUACGAGAAGCCAUCUGCAGCGAAUAAAGUUUUUCUGAUUAGAGAGCUGGUGAAUACAAGGAUGAGAGAAGGCACUUCAGUUACCGAGCAUAUCAACAAGUUGAAUUCGAUCUUAUCCAGACUUGCGUCAGUGGGCAUUAAGUUCGAUUAUGAAGUUCAAGCUUUGCUACUGCUAUCGUCUUUGCCUGAUAGUUGGUCCAGAACGGCUACAGCGGUUACCGGUUCAGUGGGGCCUGAUGGAUUCACCUUUGAUCAGAUUCGAGAUCUCGUUCUUGGCGAGGAUGUCAGAAGAAAGAGUUCAGGGGAGUCAUCUGGUGAAUUACUUCAUGUUGGUAGAGGCAGAAGGAAUAGCAGAGGCUCUACGAGUGACGAGGGGGUCACUUUGACUUGCUGCGAGGAAAGCAAUGUGGAUUCCUGGGUCAUGGAUUCUGGUGCUUCAUUUCAUGCCACCCACAGCGGUGAAGCAUUGCAGAAUCUGGUUGUUGGGGACUUUGGAAAGGUACGACUAGCGGACGACAGUGCUCUUGAGGUGACGGGCAUGGGUGACAUGGUGUUGAAGACCUCAGUCGGUUUCUGGACUUUGAAGGAUGUCAGAGUGGUUCCAGCCUUGAAGAAAAGUUUGAUUUCUGGCCGCUGUAACAGGAGAGCUGAGGAAGAUUACUCGAUGUACAGGCAAUCGUGGUGGAUGGCAGUUGAUGACUAUCAAGCCUCCAAGUGGGAGAAUGUUGGUGAUGUCCCUGUGGUGACCGCGGAUGUGUCCAGCCUCCAUACUAUGGCCGGCGCCAACCAUCCUCGUGCUUUAAAUUUGUUGGGGUCAAUUGCCGGUUAUUCGGUCCGUGUUUUGGUGGACGGGGGAAGUACACAUUACUUCAUCCACCCUCAUGUGGUUGAACGCCUUCAGUUACCAAUCACACCUGUCCGUUCCUUUCGGGUGUACGUGGGGAAUGGGGAGUCCUUGCCAUGCGACCAGCAGUGUUCACAAGUUCAGUUGCUGAUUCAAGGGUGUUCCAUUCCCGUGGAUCUUUAUGUUCUUAAAAUCCAUGGCCCGGACGUGGUUCUUGGCGUCCAAUGGUUGCAGGGCCUUGGGAAGAUCACCCAAGAUUACGGGGCGUUGACGAUGGAGUUUCACAUGGGCGACAAAAGGGUGCUUUUGCAAGGAAUGGACCAGGCUCCUCGGGCAGUUUCACUUCACACGCUCCAGGCCUUAUACUCCAGCGGGUUUGUUUCGGCCGGAUAUGAGGUAUACUUGAUGCAUGCAGAGGCAGUUACAUCGGCUUCAGCGCUGGACCAGCUACCAUCGGACCUUCCUCCCUCGAUCCGCCAGCACGAGAACAACACCAUGCCAGACCUUCAACAACACCAUGCCGCGGCUGCCGAAGGAACUUUAACAGCGCCGUACUCCAUCCAUGGCGGGCUGGUGUAUUAUCAUCAUCGGUUGUGUGUGAGCAUUACAUCGGCAUUGAAACCAGAAAUUUUAGCAGAGUUCCAUGCAGCGCCAAGUGCUGGCCACCCCGGCGUUGAUCGCACGUUUCGGCGUCUCGCCGAAGUCUUCCACUGGCCGGGAAUGCGGAAGGAUGUCCGACAGUUUGUUCGGGCGUGUGUGACCUGCCAAGCCACGAAGGCCUCAACGCAGAAGAGUGGGGGGCUGCUUCAACCGUUACCGGUACCCGUUCAUGUCUGGGAUGAUAUCACUAUGGACUUCAUCGUUGGUCUUCCCCCCUCUCGAGGAUACACCACUGUGAUGGUUGUUGUGGAUAGGCUUUCCAAAUACAGUCACUUUGGGGCCUUGCCAGCGGUGUUUGAUGCGCCGAAAGCAGCAACGUUAUUUGUUGAUUUGAUUGUAUGGCUUCAUGGACUUCCUAAAUCGAUCAUCUCCGAUCGUGACCCCGUAUUUAUGAGCAACUUCUGGACAUCCCUUUUCACUUUGAGUGGCACCACAUUGAAGCGUAGUACGGCAUACCAACCCCAAACUGACGGGCAAACGGAGGUGCGCAACCGGGGAUUGGAACAAUACCUCCGCGCUUUUUGUCAUGCACGACCCGCUAAAUGGUCAUCCCUCCUACCGUGGGCAGAACUGGCGUUGAACAGUACAUACCACGAAGGCAUCAAAAUGUCUCCAUUCAAGGCCUUGUAUGGCCGUGACCCACCACCCCUACUGCCGUACACUACAGGCUCGAGCAACGUGCAGAAGGUGGAUGAUUUGUUAACGGAGCGACGGGAACUCCUUCGGAUGCUCAAACAGAAUUUAAUCAGUAUGCAGCAACGCAUGUGUGUGACGGCUAAUAAACACCGCCGGGAGGUCACAUUCUCUGUCGGCGAUCGUGUUUUGCUCCGUUUGCAACCCCACAGGCAGUUCUCCGUGUCCAAGCCGCUGUCUGCCAAGUUAGGUCGCCGUUACUAUGGGCCCUUCGAGAUUUUGGAGCGCAUAGGACCUGUUGCGUACAAAUUGAGACUGCCGGAGGGUGCUCGCGUCCAUGAUACCUUCCACGUGUCCCUUCUCCGGCCGUUCAUCGACGAAGGUUCUCCACUGCCUGUGCAUCCGUUACCCACUGCAUUCCAUGAGGGGGCACCCAUUUCCACCCCUGUUCAGGCCGUUAAGACACGUACUAUACUUGUUCGGGGGGAACCACAGGAGCAAUGGUUGGUCGAGUGGUCAGACGGAGAUUUGAGUAACGCUUCCUGGGAACCCGUUGGAACACUCAUGCAGCGGUACCCGAGUUUGGUCCUUGAGGACAAGGACGUUCUUGGAGCGGUGGGCAGUGUUACGGAACAAGAGAUUGAAGCAGAACAGGAAUUAGACGGCAACAAGGAGUUUGUGCCACGAAGAUUUUCUUUAGGAGAGCGUGUUAUAAGCUCCUUCAAGGGUUUUCUUUUCGGUUCUUUCCCUUGACGCCUUUAUUGAACCGACAGGAUUAGGACUCUUUGUUAUUAUAAAUAGGGAUGUUUUACUCUAAAAAUAAUAACAAGAAUAGUUUUAG